ACCUUCAUUUGCAAGGUCCACUUCCAUAACAAAUUGUAGGAGCCCAUCUCGCACCCAAGCUGCUUCACGUGGCAAUGGGAAGGGACAGGUACACAAAGUACCACGUGACGUCCUUAGAGAGGAGGUACAACCAUAGGCUGGUAGCGGAGCUGGACCUCGGGAUACCGUUGGACCUGCUUUAUCUGGCUCUUAUAAUCCACCAUGUCUGCCGCAGGAGAUGGACCCCGAGACACCGAGCUGAUCAGAGACGACAUGCCAGCCUGCUCGUCCGCCAUCGUGGUGAAGGAGCGGCGGAGCGCUCUGUGGACAAGGGGAUGAAUGGGUUAGUGAAGACGCAGUGCAUAUUGCAGGUGGGACCCGAACCCAUGAGGGUAACGGUGACACAGAGAGAGGCGGAGCAGAAGAGGAUGUUGAAGGAAGGUAUCAUGGCGUACAUCAAGGCGCACACGAGCAUGGAGAAGCAGAUUCGCGCGAUAGAGGAAUCGUUUGAGAAGGUGAAGACGAAACUUGUGCAUCAUACGAAGCCGGAGAUGGAGGCGGAAGAGAUAUGGCCGCUCUUGCUGCACAAGUGGUUAACAAGGAACCCCACUUACUGGCCGCUGAAUAAGAUGAAGGUAACCCUACAAACGAAGAAUGAGAAGGAAGGGAGGACGAUGGAGAAGGAGGAGAAGAAUGAGAUACCCAUUCCGUCUAAAAUCACUGUGAAGAGACCCAGAGUGAGGUACGAGGACGAGGAGCAGAGGAGGCAGCUGAUAGAGGAUAGCACGAAGAUAGCGCAGGAGGGGCCAGCAGCUUUCGCAUCGAUCGAGCGGGAGGAGGAGGAGGAAGAAGAAGAGGAGGAGGACGAGGAACUCUUGAGACCUUUUGCGAGGCACGAGGAGGAGGAGAAUAGGAGUGGGGAAGCAAGGGAGUUGGAGGAGGAGGAGCAGGGGGAGGAGAGGAGGGGGAAUGGCGAGGAGCGCAUGGAAGCAAAGGGAGGACCGGAGGAGAGAAUGCGAGAGGAGGUUGAGGAGAUGGAGGGAUACAAGGAGGAGAGCAGGAGAAGGAGGAGAGAAGAGGGGGAUGGAGACGAGGAGGAAGAAGGCUCGGUCAAAAGGGAGCCGCCUAAAUAUGAGGAGGAAGGCGAACCGACUGGCAGAGAACGGGACGAAGAACACAAAGAGAUGGCGGAAGGCGAGGAGAGAGAGGAGGGAGAGGAUGAUCAUGAAGGCUAUGGUGAGCAUGAAGGUGAUGAAAGACAAUGGGGGCAAAGGUGAAGGUAGCAACAGCCCGCACGAGAGGGAGAAUAGAGAAGAUAUAGAAGAG